AUGACCUCCACCAGCUACCCCCUCCGCCCCAUCCCCCCCCUCAACGCGCCCGUCCGGCGCCCACAGGAGAUCACCCACUUCUCCUACGACGACACACACACGCUCGUGCACUCGGCGGCCUCCCUCAAAUCCUACUACCCGCCGUCGCUGCCCGCGCAGCUCUCCAACGGCUUCUCCACCUUCAUCAAGCACGACGACAACAUCGACGAGCACCUCGACGGGCUGCUCUGCGCGCUGGAGCGCCUCGAGCGGCGCACGGGCGAGCGCACGCGCGCGGACGUCGUCACGUGGCGCGGCAUGAUGACCAAGUUUAUGACGGCGCCGUUUGAGGGCCGUGAUGGGUGGGAGAUGAACGUGGUUGUGCUGCAGGGUACGCUGUUUAUUGAGGAGAACCAUGCAUACAAGCAGCAGAGUCGCGGGAAGCAGGACCGGCGCGGCGAGGAGAUGAGCUACUGGGGGUACAAGUUUGAGGCGCUCUCGACGAUCCCCGGCAACUGGGACGAGUGUCCGCGCGAGGUGAUUGAGGCGCGCGACGAGGAGGUGGUCUCGAACGAGGCGCAGUUCUGCUCCAUUGUCAAGACGGGCUUUGGUGACACGCGGGUCGUGAUUGGGGGGGAGGUUGAUGCUGUCUGGAACUCAAACCCCCCCACAGACCCCAACAACCCACCCAUCUACAUCGAGCUCAAGACCUCCAAAAUCAUCGACCUCAACAACCCACGCGACGGCGUCAACUACGAGCGCAAGCUCCUCCGUUUCUGGGCGCAGUCCUUCCUUCUGGGCAUCGCCAAGGUCAUUGUCGGCUUCCGCGACGACAGCGGCACGCUGCGCUCACUCAGGACGUACGAGACGCAGGAGCUCCCCGGGAUCGCGCGGCGCUCGGGAAGGAACCUGUGGGAUGCGAAGGUGAGUAUUGACUUUACGGCGGGGCUGCUGGCGGCGAGGGGGGAUAGGGUCGAGGUGGAGAGGACGGGGGAGAGGUCGUUUUUGACGGAGGGGUUUGUGAGGUGGAGAGAGGAGCUGGCGGCGGGAUCGGCUGCGGGUGAGAAGUUGGAGGAGAAGUGCGACGACACCCGGCGCAAGACCUUGACUUCAACAACACCACAGUCCCGCCCUGCUUUCCUCCUCCUCCACCCCCCUCACCCUCGGCGCCCUCGUCGCCGCCGCCUCCGCCGCCGGCUACUACUACUACAGCACCAACCUCGCCGCCCCUGCCGCCGCGCCCCUCCCCCCGCAAUCGCCACCCUCACCGGCGACGGCGCCUGGGUCGACCUCCCGCUCAUCUCCACCGAGUACCUCUCGCCCACCACCAAGCUCCUACGCUUCGCCCUCCCCUCCGACAACCACGUCUCGGGGCUCCACGUCGCCAGCGCGAUCCUGACAAAAUACAAGGGCCCCAGCGACGCCAAGCCGACUAUCCGGCCGUACACGCCCAUCAACGACGAGGAUGUGCGCGGCCACAUGGACCUGCUCGUGAAGCGCUACGAGGGCGGGCCGAUGAGCACGCAUCUCCACGACAUGGCGCCCGACCAGAGACUCAGCGUGAAGGGGCCCAUCCCGAAGUAUGAGUGGGCGCCCAAUAAGCAUGAGCAUGUUGUCAUGAUUGCGGGCGGGACGGGAAUCACGCCCAUGUGGCAGCUGAUUAGGGCGAUUUUCAAGAACCCCGAGGAUAAGACGAGGGUGACGCUGGUGUUUGGGAAUAGGAGUGAGGACGAGAUCUUGUUGAGGAAGGAGCUGGCGGAGCUGGAGAAUACGUAUCCGCAGAGGUUUAAGGCGUUUUAUCUGUUGGAUAAGGCGCCCGAGGGCGAGAAGUGGGCGAAGCAGGGGUAUGUGGAUAAGCCGUUGUUGAAGACGGUGUUGCCGGAGCCGGGGAGUGGGAAUAAUAAGAUCUUUGUCUGUGGACCCCCGGGACUGUACAAGGCUGUCUCUGGAGGAAAGAAGUCGCCCAGUGACCAGGGUGAGCUCACGGGUAUCUUGAAGGAGUUGGGAUACUCUAAGGACGAUGUCUACAAGUUCUAG